AAGAGGGGAAAAUGUGCUUUAAGCACAUACUGUUAGGAAAAUUGCACUUAUUUUAUAUAGAUCUCCUGCGUAAAUAGCAUGUUCACAGAGGUUUUGUUGGGAGCUCCCAGGACUACUACUAGAUUUGAUGAUGUGAAAGGAAGACUCACAAGAUUCAACAUACAUUCAUGACUCUGAUGAGAGUAAAAGGACAGAAAGCAAAAUCAGCAAAUGCAAAAGGCACAUGAGAUGAAGACUGGAGGAAAACAGGUCUAUAAUUCAGCAGCCAGAUCAUUCCCUCGAAGAUUUGUUUUGCCCUUGAAUGUAGGUUUGAAUGCCCCUGAAGGAGAGAACCUGAGUCCAUUGUCCUAUUCUUCAGCCAGUGCUGUAAAACAGGCCGAUGGAAAGAUCUGGUGCUCUCAUGAAAAUCUACAUCACGAGGACCUAGAGGAGGAAGGAGGCCUUGAAUUUCCCCAGAUCAACUAUGGCCAAUUUAGUGGCAAAAAGUAUAAUUUCUUCUAUGGCUGUGGCUUUCGACAUUUGGUGGGGGACUCUCUGAUCAAGGUUGACGUGGUGAAUAAGACACUGAAGGUGAUGAAAAUCUCUAUCCUUUUCUGAACUUUUUAUUCUUCCCUUUGAAUUAGUUGUUUUAA